GCUGCAGCGAUAAAACAUAGCCUUACAGGGGCUUCUGUUGUUAACAAUGUGGAGACCCAAAGCUCAGUGUCUCACCUGGCUGAUCUCAGAAAUUGGAGGCCUGUGUCUGACAUUAUUCCAGUUAGCAGACUCCGAUCCGAAAUGUGAAGCUGAUGAACUAUGUGUUAAUUACAAUGAGGAGCGCCUCAGUGCCUGGUAUGUCUGGUUAUUGAUCUUGUUCUUUCUGGCCAUGAUCCUGUCCUGUGGGAUUCUCUUCUGCCUGCAGUGCUGGCUGAAACGACGGAGCAGCUUCCCCUCCCGGCGCACGCUCACCGUCUUUGCGCUCAGUGACUCCGAUUCUCUUGGUGUAAGUGAAACUUCUCCAUAUGCCUUUUCCGGACUCCAUGCCCACUCUCCAAACCCAGAGCUGUGCCCUUCUCCCGCCCUGCACGUCGGCACCGGGAGGACUGGAUCGCCUCCUUCCUACGAGGAUAUUAUGACAGCAGGCAAACACUAGGGGCCUGAUUCAUACCUCCCCGUGUUACUCCGGAUCUACACCAGUGUGAGAACAGAAUCAGCCAUGAGGCUGAAGAGGAGACAGAGGAAGUAUUUUAUUUUUAAAUUAAAAGAGGGAACAAAAUGCAAAUAGAAGAACACCCACGUUCCCAUUAUACUCCAAAGGACCACAUUGCAGAGAGUAAAUGUUCACCUUCCUUGCAGGCUCAAGAUCUGGAUCUGAAGUUCAGGCUUCUCCAAAGUUUAGGUCUGUCUGUACCCAACAUUUUUGGUUCAACCUGAACAUUUAGCCUAUUUAAUAUCCUAAUUCCUCCCAUGUGCUUGCAGCUCCCUGCCUUUCAGGAGCAAAGGCUAAGGCAUGACUAGGCAGCAGCUUCUCAAGUUGGAAAUGGAUGGGUUUGCUUCAGUCAUUUGGCACCGAGCCAGCAUGGCACCAGGGAGCGUUAGAGUUACACUGUUAUACUGUGAAGUGUGAUGUAAAUAUUCCCCAUGUAAGUGAUGGACUGUUUGCCUCCCGUGAAAUGCGUAGUACGGUUUAAAAGAUACAGACAGUGCAAAAUGCAGCAGCUUGAAAGGCGGCAGAGGGAAAGCAUGAACCAUGGACUCUUCAACCGGAACCAAAUUAAAAUGUUGCUCUGGUUAUUUUCAGUUGACGUAAAUACUCUUGAUUUCAGUAUUAAUAUUGUGCCUGUCUAGGGUGACCAGAUGUCCCGAUUUUAUAGGGCCAAUCCCGAUUUUUGGGUCUUUUUCUUAUAUAGGCUCCUAUUACCCCCCACCCUUGUCCUGAUUUUUCACAUUUGCUGCCUGGUCACCCUGUGCCUGUCUCCACUUCGGUAUCUGUCAUAACCAGAAAGGAAUGGAGCUCAGCACUGCAGCGCUGUGUGCCGGCCCUGCUCCAAAGGCCAGGAAGGGGACCAGCAUCUGAGACCACUGCCUGCUUUCCCAUUGCCACGUUCCAGGCCUGUUGACUUCCUAAACUCACCAGUGCUGAGAUCCAAGAUUCUGGUUUUGGCUUUGAAAUAACAAUAGUUUAUAAGUAAUCGAACACAGCGAGCGCCAUGGGUGGUCUGUAUUUUAUUCUGCACAAAGCAUUAUCGACUUAUUAUUAUUUACUUGGUUCUAAAUAUGUUGCUGCUUUUAAUUUCAUUGACUGUCACCUUCUAGUCAUAUUACUGGAGAGGCUAACAAGCAAAGAGGGUCCAGUUUUCACGAUACACCCUCAUUUUGAACACCUUCAAUAAUCCGCGUUCAUGUCAAAGAGAGUGACUCUUCUCUCCAACGUCCAGCAGAGGGCGAUACAGGCUGUCAACUGUGAUUAAGGGGCUUUUUGGAUACAUCAAAAUUGAGCUUGCCACAGAGAACAGGUCACGGUUGCUGUGUUAUUGUGCGGGUUUAAAAUUUGGUUUGUUUCACAU